UUCCUUUGCUAAAGGCCGACGCUGAGGGCUUCAGAAUCAUGAGGAUGCUUCUGACCUUGAGCGCUCUAACUCUCAGCUCUGUCUGGGCCAUCGCUAUGGAGAUUCCCAUGAGCAUAGUGGUGAAAGAGACCUUGACACAGCUGUCUGCUCACCGCGCUCUGUUGACAAGCAAUGAGACAAUGAGGCUUCCUGUUCCUACUCACAAAAAUCACCAGCUAUGCAUUGGAGAAAUCUUUCAGGGGCUAGACAUACUGAGGAAUCACACCGUCCAUGGGGGUACCUUGGAAAUGCUAUUUCAAAACUUGUCAUUAAUAAAGAAAUACAUUGAGCGCCAAAAAGAGAAGUGUAGCGAGGAGAGACGGAGGACGAGGCAGUUCCUGGAUUACCUGCAUGAGUUCCUUGCCGUGAUGGGUACAGAGUGGGCACUGGAAGGCUGAGGCUGAGCUGCUUCGUGGCGACAGAACUUCACAAGUUAAAUUUUCAACAGAUGCAAAAAAAAAAAAACCCACAAAACUGUACAAAUGCAAGGGUUACCAUAUGCUGUUUCCAUUCAUAUCUAUGUCCUGUAGUCAAGUUAAACCUAUCUAGGUCCACAUAUGGCAAAGUAUUUAACCUUUUUGUGUAUGUAUAACAGAAAUUCCUGUAGCGCAGGCUGUCCUCUAACUUGUAAUGUAGCCAAGGAUGACCUUGAAUGUCUGAUCCUUCUGCCUCUUCGUCCUAAGGGCUGAGAUUACAGACAUGCACCAUUGUGACUAGUUCACGUGGUGCUGGGGAUGGAACCCAGGGCUUUGUGCAUACUACCAAGUGAGCUGUGCUCCCUGGCCCUCCCCGCCUUCUUUGCAUCAGGGUCUCAAGUAUUCCAGGCUUCAGUGUGUAGCCAAGGAUGACUGAACUCUUGGUCCGGGUGGACACAGGAGGAUCACACACCCAGCCUCAGCAUCCUUUCUCCUGGCCCUGAGAUAGGUGGCACUCAAUGACUCUCUUGCGGAGGGAUGCCACACCCACGGGGCCUCCUGAUCCUAUCUAACGUCAAGUUAAUACCCUCCAGUCAACUCUCCUCAACUCCCUGCUACUCUCCCCAGCCUCCAGUAAGCACACUUCUAUUUCUACAAGGUUGACCUUUCUUAUGUUCUGGGUAUGAGUCAGACUGUGCCAUGACUGUGCCUCUGUGCCUGGAGCAGCCCAACUCUGGAAACUCGGAGCAUCUCCUUGCAGUGAGAAUGAGAGGCAGCCACGUGCUGGGCCUUACUUUUCAGUGUAACUGAACUUAACAAGCAAAGUAAAUACUGCAGCCUUACUACCCUACACAGACAGAAAGCAUCAAAUGCUUGGGAUAUUAUUCAGGUAUCAGGGUCACUGGAGAAGCCUCCCCCAGUUUACUCCAGGAAAAACGGAUGUAUGUUUUUAUUUAAUUCUGUAAGAUGUUCAUAUUAUUUAUGACUUGUUUAAGGAUUAAGUUAAUAUUUAUUGCACUGUAUGUAAUACUCUAAUAAAGCAAAAAGAACA